AUGGCUGAGCGUCUGACUUCGACACAUAGCCUGGCAACAGUUGGGCUAGAUAAUGUAUCUCCACAGCACUUCGAGGUUUUGCAACAGGCUUUCUGGACAAUCCUUUUUACCGAUCUAGCCACAGAGACAUUUGCCCAAGUCGUUGACGGCCGUCCCACGCGUGACGUCUAUCGAGACUAUUUCAAUGAGUUUCGCAAAAGCUUCGAGAAUAAUAUUCAUCCAAGCAAUGCAGCCUUAGAGGCUGUCGAAUCUUACCGUCGAAAUCUAAACCUUGGUAAUACUCAGAUCAGUGCAAAGCUUGCACAAGCAUUCCAAAACGCCAAACCUGGAUCAAGAGAAUUCCACCUGCGUCUGAUUGAGAUUCUUGCUGUCCUCUGUCAUGGCAUCGCUGUCCACCUGUACCAAGCCUACGAUGGAGGCUUCUAUCAGCCAGAGCCCCCCGACCCUAUCACAUGGCACGAGGAACUCGUCCCUAAUAUGCCGCCACCACCGCCCCGUAAAGCUUUACCGGCGGAGCUUUACCAUUCCUCUUACGGCUCCUGGGGCCAAUACCCAAAUGGAGUUGCCGACAUUGUUGGUUACUGGGUGGAGUACCGUCUGUUCGGUGGAGUUAUUCUAUUUGAUCGUGGAGAGACCGGGUUUGAAGGCGGACCACAGCCUCCAGGUGGCAUUCGCUUCAAGGCUGAAGAAUAUGCACGUCGUGUCGAUGAUAACUAUGCUAUGGAUAUAAAUAUUUAUCGUGAUAGAUAUGAACGGAUUAUACCUAAGCGGCGGGCACGCUGUAUUAUUCGCGGUGAGGACCUCCCAGGACAUGCGCAGGCUAUGGAAGAUUGGGCCAGGCGAACGGGAAAUAGUUAG